ACCUUUACAUUUGGUAACUCUUGUAUAUCAGCUUGCGGGAGUGUUGCUCUGUACACUUUAGUUGUAUUCCACCAAACAGGAAGGCCAAUAACCAACACUACACCAACCGAUAUGAACGAAACUACGGCACGUGAUUUUUUCUCAUCUACAAAAAAUAUGCCGAAAAACAUUGAAAAUUACACUCAAAGAAUACCUAAAUGAAUAUAUACAAACUUCAGAUAACAUAAGAAAGUUUUUAUUGUUACUUAGACGUAAAGAAGUAUUUAAAGUAGAAAAAUUGAAACAUUUAAAAGUAAUAUUGAGUUUUCCCUACCAUUUUCGUCGGCCAUGUUGCUUUUUUCCAGGAGGGUGUUGUACAAAUUACAAAUUUAAAUUAGGGGGAGCGGUCAAUUUUAUUCUCAUAUAAUGUAAAAAAUUUAAAAAUCCAUGCAAUUUUGUCAAAAAAUAUAUGUUUUUUUUUUGUAAAAUUUUGACAUGAAACCGGAAAAUUCGUUUAAUUCACUAAAAGAGGAUGGUUUGUUGGCUUCAGAUGCCCCAAAACGCGAAUACUUGAUAGUGACCGCUGAUGAUUUUGGCUAUGCACAGCAGAGAGACAAAGGAAUAAUAGAAGCGUUUAAUAAUGGAAUUAUAACCCGCGCAUCGCUGCUCGUUAACGGUUUUUCUGCUAGAACAACUGCUGUAAAACUUGCACAAGAACAUGGACUGAUAUUGGGCAUUCAUCUCAAUCUGACUGAGGGCAAGCCAGUUAGUGAGAAUGGCAAUACUUCCUUGACAAGUGAAGGGAACUGCUUUUUUCGCGGAAAAUUUGGAUUUAGAGACGCUUUAUCCCGUGGAGAAAUUAACAUGUCCCAUGUCGAGUAAUGAAUUUGGUUAAUUUUUACAAUUUUUGCAAAGAGUGAGGGUAAAUAUUCUGGGCGGGGGCAGAUCACCCAUACACUGAUCUAAGGGUGGGGUGGCCCCCUCCCUCUAACUGUUGACACCCCUACACAAAGUUAGCAUUGAUCAGUGGUUAUAAAACCCUCCUAAACCAACUAAUACAUGUUCUUGAUGAACACAAAUGUUUCACAAUAGAAUAGACAAUGGCCCAACGAAGGGCCUUCGCUCGAAACGUCGAAUUUCUCCUGGUAUUUUUUCGGGAAUCCCUACCAACCAAAGUUUUGUUAUAAUUGCCUCUACCUACACUGGCACAGGUCAACCACAAUUAUAUUUAUAUACUCAAUACAUUUCAGGAAUGAGGUCAAAGCACAAAUAGAAACAUUCAUUGGACAUGUAGGCUACCGUCCUAACCACGUCGAUGGCCACCAGCAUAUCCAUGUACUGCCAGAAAUACGAGACGUCAUUGCAGAAGUCAUGAACUUAUACUCUCUCAAUCAGAUACGCAUUCCAUUUGAAAGUGAGCUAGGUCGCUGGUUCGAUGGCAACAAUGACUUCUAUAACAAAGUUUUUGAAGAUGCAAGCACAGCAAUGGAUAUUUACACCAAGUAUCAUAUAAGGUUAGCAUUCAUUGAAAAUUUGGAAAAAUGACAGUCAUGUCCCAAAAAAAUAUACAGUAUUACCAUUAAAGCUACACAAUCAUCUAUUAAAUUUGUCAACCUGAAUAAUUGUAGCAUAUUAUUUACUGAGCAGGUGUGUACGCAUUGCGUACCUAUUUUUAUGCAUUUUUAUAAAUACGCCACAUUUUUAUUCUAUUUUCAAAUAUGGAAAAUUGUAUCUUAUGUGUUUAGAUUUCCAGCAUUAUUUAUGGGUAUAUCUUUGAUGGGCAAACAUACGAAUGUUGAACGAAUUAUCCAGACUUACAAAGCAACAAAGACCCAGCAACAACCACCACCGUCCAUCUGUGAGUUCAUGGUGCAUCCUGGGUAUCCAUGUGUUGGCAAUCAGGGGGGUUGUGGACAAGGCCCGGAUGAAUUUGCUUGCUCCACGGAACGGGAGCACGAAUUGAAUGUUUUAUGCAAUUCCAAAUUGAAGCGUACUUUGACAGAGUUCAAUGUCAAGUUGAUAUCGUGAUUAUAAACUGCUAGUACAUCUGUCCGUUUGACGCGUUUACGCAUACGAAAUUAAAUACCAAGUAUAAAAGAAAUUAAAGAUCAAACAAUUUUAUUUUCACAAGAACUUAAGAUAGGAAUAUACAUACAGCGAAUGGAAGUAAAGUAUUAAUCAAAUACUAAAUAAAACUCGCUAAGUAAAAAUUAUACAUAUUGUAUUUACAGAAAAUGUAUAUUAUAGUAAAUAACCUAAUUUCGAAGACUAAUACAACAUUUUUCGAGCAAGAAAUGGAAAUAUUUGAACAACGUAAAUAAUAUAAAAUGGGACGAAUGAAUGGUAAAAUUAACUAAAAAGAAAACUAAAAUCCUACUAGUUCAUGCAGUAUAUCACUUUUUUAAACGUUAAAUUUACGUAAAAUUGACCGACCUCCGACCCGCCAUACUCGGCAUAUAUUUCUUAAAAUUUGUACCUAAUGCCACUUUUUACAACGUACGCCUAAAACCUUACAAUUUAUGCUUAAAUUGUUCGUCUUCAGUCGAACCCUUAAAAGCGGUCACUGAACUGUUUCCACCGCUCACCGCCAUAGCUAUGGCAUCGUAAUACGACACUCCGACUUCACGUUGAUGUUUGUGCGCCGUGAAACCAAACUUCGCUUGAUUGAAUUCGUCUUCUUGUAUUUUCGUAUACGCCGUCAUGCCAUUGUCUCUGUAAUCACGAGCUAACUUGAACAUGGCAUGAUUUAGAGAGUGAAAACCAGCCAACGUUACGAAUUGGAAUCGGUAACCAAGUCGUCCCAGUUCUUUUUGAAAUACAGCGAUUUCGCGGUCGUUGAGGUUAGCCUUCCAGUUGAACGAGGGGGAACAGUUGUACGCGAGCGGCUUCCCAGGGAAUCUAGCGUGGACAGCUUGAGCAAAUCUUCGUGCUUCCUCUAUGUUCGGUUUGCUUGUUUCGCACCAGAGGACGUCACAAUAGGGUGCGUAAGCCAAGGCUCGCGCGAUGGCUUGAUCUAACCCGGCACGACUGCGGAAAAAGCCUUCAGGGGUUCGUUCUCCUGUUAGGAAAGGUUUAUCCCGAGGAUCAAUAUCCGACGUCACUAACCCGGCCGAGUUGGCAUCGGUACGGCCAACAAUAACGGUCGUCACGCCCAUGACGUCAGCAGCUAAUCGCGCGGCGUUCAAAAGUCGGAUAAAUUGUUGAGUGGGUACCAGGACCUUGCCGCCCAUGUGACCACACUUCUUCUCCGAGGCCAGUUGGUCUUCCAGAUGAAUGCCCGAGGCACCAGCCUUGAUCUACACGAAGAGUGAAAAAUAUUUUAGAAAACAAGUUUAAAAACUAAGC